GCAGGGUGUUUUGGGGAGGUGUCUGUGUGUGUGUAUCUAUUGUGUCUGUAGCUCUGAUUGUGUGUGUGGGGGGGAGGGGUGCCCCCAACCCCAUCCCCACUCGCCACGGGGCCCAUGGCGGCCUCCCAGCUGGACUGCCUGGAGGACGCCCCCGCGGGGACCCCAGUGACUGAAUCCAGCCCCGAAUUCUUCUACUCGGAGGGGCAGCGGCUGGCUGUGGAGGCGCUGCUGGCCGGAGGGCAGUCGGCCUACGUGCAGCGCCUGGCGCAGGACAGGCUGCGCCCCUUCCUGUCCGACGACGAGCUCCGGCACCUGGCCGAGGCAGCCCGGGACGUCCCAGAGCCGGCGGGGGAGUGCGACGGGGACGCCGACGAGCUCAGCCUCAGCUACUGGCCCGGGUGCUCGGAUGAGCCCAUCCCCGAGCUGGAGCUGGGCUGGCCCCUGGACGGGAACUGGAAGGGCAUCACCCGUGCGGAGGUCUACACGCACCCGCCGGGGGACGGGGCCCCCAAGGUCAAGGAGCUGGUGCGCAGGAAAAUUCAGGAGGCUGCCAAGGUGGUUGCCAUCGUGAUGGACGUCUUCACGGACCCCGACAUCCUGCUGGACCUGCACGAGGCCGGCAUGCAGCGCGGGGUCCCCGUCUACCUGAUCCUGGGGGAGCAGCACCUGGCCGCCUUCCUCAGCAUGGCAGAGGGCGCCUGCCUCAACGUGCGCUACAUGGAGAACCUGCGGGUCCGGGUCAUUGCGGGCUGCACCUUCUGGAGCCGACAGCGCAAGCAGGUCACUGGGACCCUGAAGGAGAAAUUCCUGCUGAUCGACGGGGACACGGUGAUAACGGGGAGCUACAGCUUCACGUGGAGCGAUGCCCGCCUGAGCCGCCAGCUGGUGACGCUGCUGACGGGCGAGAUCGCCGGGGCCUUCGACCGCGAGUUCGGACCCUCACGCCGCCUCCCGCCGCUGGCGCCGCCGGCCCCCUGCCCAGCCCCGGCCCCGCCCGCGACGGCCGCCCCAACGGCCAGCCCGCCCCUACCGCAGCGAGCUGGCCGGGCUGCAGCUGUCAAGGGCGCCCACCGGGUGGCCGGCGCCGCUCCGUGGCCCCCAGCCCGUGGCCAAGAGCCGGGCCGGGAGUGGGAGCUGGUGCGGGUCGUGCGGGCCACGGUGGGCGACGAGUUGCCCGCCCUGCCCGGCGCCUGGGCCCCGAGGCCACAGCGCCCUGAGCGACGUGGACCGGGCGGCCGGCCGGGCCGGCUGGCGGGCGCCGCGGGGCAGAGACCCAGCAAGUCCCUGUGGGACCUGAGCCGCCUCUCCCAGCUCUCCGGCUCCAGCGACGGCCCCGAGUCGGGGGACGAGGCGAAGCACAAGUGGGGCCUGCAGGACACGCCAGCCCGGGCGCUGAUGAGGCGGAGGGGCGCACCCCCCGCCAGCGAGGAGCCCCGCCAGCCCCCCAUCUUCCUGUCGCCCGCCUACAUGCCCCCGCCGCAGGGCUACCGGGCCUUGGGCCGGCUGCAGGGGCAGCUCUACCACGGGCCCACGGCCCUGCCCCGUGUCUGGGGGGCCCCCCACGGCUACAGCAGGGACCGUCGCUAUUGAAUGGGCACCUACCAGUAGCGGCCGGCCGAGGGGGGGAAAUAAGACACCCCCCAUCUCCCCAGGCUGCCCCCAACUGGGGCAGGUUACACCGGAGCCGGCGUGCGAGCAGGAGGGAGUUAUCCUGGUGGUGCUGGAGGAACCGGAGCCGGCGUGCGAGCAGGAGGGAGUUAUCCUGGUGGUGCUGGAGGAACCGGAGCCGGCGUGCGAGCAGGAGGGAGUUAUUAUCCUGGUGGUGCUGGAGGAACCGGAGCCGGCGUGCGAGCAGGAGGGAGUUAUCCUGGUGGUGCUGGAGGAACCAGCGCCGGCAUCUGGGCUAAACUGGAAUGUUUUCGGCCCAGGGUUUAACUGGGGUUGAAAAGCUGAGGUUGGGAAGUCACUGGAAUUAACCCGGCCCUGGGAGCCAUGGUACUGGUGUUACUGGGAGGAACUGGUGGGCCUGGAGGGCUCCAGGGCUCGGUGCUUUGCAGCCCUGGGAGCAAGCGAGUACGGCUUACGCUGGGACACGAAACCGGGAGGUGGAGGAUGAUUUUGGGCAGCUCAGGGCACAGGGCUGGCAGGCACCAGGCAUGUCCCCCCUCCCCGGCACUGAUGGAGCUUGGGGGGGGGGGGAAGCUGGGGGGUGGCAGAUUAAACUGGCAUGACCUGGGAGCGCAGAUUUCCUCCCACGCCUCAGGGGUGAACCGGGCUGGGACCUGGCAGCUACGGGGGGUGCUAGAGCAUUACUGGGAGGAGGUGGGACAAUGGGACUGGCUUUGGGAGAGGGAGCUGGGGACGCCCCUGGGACAUUUCCAAGCGGCACCGGUGGCUAUACUGGGAUUCCAGUGCCACACCAGAGGGCUGGGGAGCAGCGCUCUGAAGGAGCCGGAGCCCAAGCAACUGGGACGAGAACAGGGUUUUAAU